GUGUGGCAAGAACCGGUGAUAACAAGUCAACAGACCCAAAAACGAGCGCAGUUCACUCACGUUCGUAGGCCGUGGCGAGUCGCGUAUUGCUGCUAGGUUCUUCUCAAGCGGAUGCAAGCCGUCUUUGUCAAUGCGAUGGCCCAGGUAGACGAUUGAGUUUUUGAGAAAAUGGCAUUUUUCGGCCUUCAGCUUGAUACCACUUUCUUGAAGCCUGCCGGAAAACGUCCCGGAGCACUGAGCCAUUACCGUCUUGACGUUCCGCUGUCAAUACAUCGUCCAAGUACACCUGCACGGCUGGAAGAUCGGCCAGGACCGUUUCCAUGCGCCGCUGAAAAAUCGCGAGAGCCGAGGCAACUCCAAAUGGAAGACGGUUAUAGCAGAACAACCCCUUAAACUACACAAGCUUGCGGCGGGAACAAAGGCAAGGAUUAUUUUGGGAGUAGGCUUCUUUGACUACCACGUGGACAAGUCCUGGUCGACAUUAGAGGAUGUGGUGUACACGGCGAAUCCGAGGGACAUCCUGGUCAUCAUUACCUGUGUCUUGACCGUGCCCAGCACGCAGGACUGCAUCGCAAUGCCACCCACGGCCAUGAGGAGCACCAGCAAAUAUCCGCCCACAUUCGAAAAAGCUUUGCCGCUGGCCACCAACAAAUUCCCGAUUUCGAGCAACGUUGUUGUGGCGUUCUCGUUCCAAAUGGCCAUCCUCAUCUACAACAUGACGAAUAAACACGGCAAUGCAACCGAUGCCCUCUACCAGAAGUGCAACAGCUUUAUCCUCGGGGACCAAUCGCAAACGUGUGAAAGUGCCGAAACCACGCCGAAGAACGAACUCACACCGAUCGGAAUCACCAGUACUCAACGAAGAACGCUGUUUUACUCAUACGACAUUGAGGACACGAUGGAGAAGAAGGUCGAGUACGUCAUGGCGGUGAAAGACAGGCGGGCCAAGUUCACGUGGUUCCUGUUCAACGUGCACCUGACGGACAUCUCGAAGAAGUGCUACACAGACGGACCAUUCGUGCGUCUCAAGGCAUUCAGAAAGUUAUACGAUACUCUCAGCAAGCGACCUCCACCAUGAGACCCAGCGCUCCCCGUCGUCGACCUCUGAGCGAUCACAAGAGCGCCAUAUCGCUGUGGGGUGCUCCACCCGGUGUGCUUUGUGGGGUGUGCCCAGUUUUGGGCAGUAUUUUACGAGCAGAAUUUAGCAAUGUUGCAUGAUUUUUUUUCUUUCGCGGAAUACGAAAGAGUCCAUAUAAAGUGUCCUCCACCAUGAGACCCAGCGCUCCCCGUCGUCGACCUCUGAGCGAUCACAAGAGCGCCGUAUCGCUGUGGGGUGCUCCACCCGGUGUGCUUUGUGGGGUGUGCCCAGUUUUGGGCAGUAUUUUACGAGCAGAAUUUAGCAAUGUUGCAUGAUUUUUUUUCUUUCGCGGAAUACGAAAGAGUCCAUAUAAAGUGUGGACCAAUUUUACUACGUCAAGCCUGUCCUCAGGCUGGUUAAACGGGAAGUCAUGCUUGUAGCAUCAACAAUUAUAGAUAAAAGAACUAACCAAAUUUGUCCCAAUCUGAGUAAGAUGCAACAAAGACAGCGAAGCUGCGUAGGUCAGCUUUCACAUCCUUUGGCGGAAGUGCUAGGGGUCUGUUUCCUCCCUGUUGUUCGUGAUGAUUCAUUGGUGACGCCCUGGUUAUGCGGCCGAACCGGAGUUCUGAGGCCAGCUGCGUCGCUGAACCGCGAGAUCGGACCAUUCACCGCCACAGCCCUAGAAACUCCUAGCUGAGCUUCAACGUGCCGCUAGUAAAAUGCGACACGCGAAGUAAAAAUAACGGAUUCCACGAUAAAAAAUGUACCCGCAAGGAAGUCGUCUGUUCAUGUGAGGUAUAUGUCACCUAGCAUUUACGUUUAAGGCGUUAUAAAUAAACAAUUAUCGGCACCGACGCGGGUUGCUUUCCUGUGCUGUUUUUUAUUUGAUACCGAGCAUGCCGUCUUCGCCAGAACGCUGUUGA